AUCACAAGCGCUCGCGAUCGAGGAUGCGCUCCCCAGUCCCCGCCUACGUGGCUACGUGUGGGACCCAAACAUUAGGCGCCGGAAACGGACGUCUUCUCCACCGUCGCCAGAGGAUUCCCCUAGCGACCGCUCAGCCACCAGGAGCCUCGCUCCCCGGCGCCGCCUGCCAGAUGGAUGCCCUCUCUCUACCCGCGGCUGCCUUUGGCGUGGACCCUCUGGAUGCUGUCAGCCUCCUCCGCCAUCCGCGUCGCCGUGUCGAAGAAGGCGGCCAGGGCCAGAUCUGGGUUUUCAUCUUCCUCCCUCUCUCUCUCUCUCUCUCUCUCUCUCUCUCUCUCUUUUUCUUCCUACUUCUUUGCGCCCUUCUUGUUCGUAUGCUACCAAAGUUGAAAUUUGGUAAUUCUGGAGUCGGAAGUAGACCGGUUAAAACUUAAAAAAAGUAAAUCAGUUCUAAGUUUCUUAGAUCAAUCAAAUAGUUCAGCUGAAAGCUGCCUUCUUGGUCGAUUUUUCAUCCGAAUCUGGUUAAUACUCCAGUUAAGAAGCAUUCAUGUCCUUGGAGUAGCAACUUCCUGCUUUAAAAGUGAUGUGACACCAUGCGUCCGACGCAGGUCGCCGAUAUUGACCACCUUGUGUGUCCACUGCCGUGUGCAGACCGCAGAGUCGACAUCACCAGGGACUUGUGCCUCUGCGAAUGCAUCUCCAAAUUCCAAUCACUUGAAUCACAUAGCUCUGUCUACCACUCCAACCAAACGGCUGCUCCGUUUACAGUAGAGAGAGAGAGGAUGAAGAUGAAAUGGCCUGUCAAGAAGACUGAUAAAAACACCCAGUUCAAUCAUAUCCACAAAGUCGCCGCAACCGCGAUGAUCUUGCUCCUGAUCGCCUCUGGAACACCAUCGGCCACCUCCGCCGAUGCAAAGGGCCGAUCAACCUCGGGUUGCGUUGCAAGGGAACGGGAGGCGCUCCUUUCCUUCAAGGAAAGCUUCCUGGACCCCACCGGCCGUCUCUCCUCGUGGCGAGGCCGAGACUGCUGCCGGUGGCAGGGUGUCCGGUGCGACAACAGCACUGGACACGUCGUCAGAAUCAACCUCCGCAACACCGCCCAAGAUCCCUGGAGUGCUGACUUGAUGCUAUCGAGUGGCGAGCUGAGCUCCUCCAUCACCGGGUUGCGAUAUCUGAGGUACCUUGAUCUGAGCUACAAUGACUUCAACCGGACAAGCAUACCGAUGUUCUUCGGUGCCCUCAACAACUUACGGUACCUCAACCUCUCAUGUGCAAAUUUUGAAGGCAGGAUACCUCCACACAUCGGUAAUCUCUCCAAGUUGCGGUAUCUGGAUGUUAGUGAUGAUACUGGUAGUCUUUCAGUAUCCCAUUUUUCAUGGUUGCGUAGGCUCUCCGUUUUGAUUCAUCUCGAUGUGAGCCGAGUAUUUGUCAGAUCAGCUAGGAAUUGGAUCAGCCAAGUGAAUAUGCUGCCUAAUCUUAAGGUCCUUCGAUUGUCCGACUGCGGGCUUAACACUACCGUCUCUACUCUGUCCCCGUCCAACCUCACACAUCUGGAGGUGCUUGAUCUGUCAGGCAAUUCAUUUGACACUUCACUCCAACACAACUGGUUCUGGGAUCUCACUAGCCUCAGGGAGCUUCGGCUCGCAGGGUGUGACUGGCCAGCAGGGCCUAUUCCCGAUGCUCUGGGCAACAUGUCCUCCCUUGAGGUCAUUGAUUUAAGUGGCAACCAUCAACUAUUCGGGUACAUCCCGGCAAACCUGGAAAAGCUAUGCAAUCUGCAGGUGCUGAAUUUGGACUGGGUGAAUAUCAACGGGGACCUGACAACACUCAUGGAAAGAUUACCAAGGUGUUCGUGGAAUGCGUUGCGUGAAGUGUACUUGUUACGAGCGAAUUUGUCCGGGGAACUGCCAGAUUGGAUAGGAAAUCUGACCAGUCUGAGCCAGCUUGACCUCUACCAGAACAUGCUUGUUGGCCCGGUACCUGCCGGGAUUGGAGCACUUGGCAAUCUGGCUUACCUGGACUUCGGCUUGAGCAAUCUCAAUGGUGUGCUGUCGACGGAACAUUUUGCAAACCUAGUGAGCUUAAAAUAUCUCGACCUUUCACACAACUCUCUGAAAUUGGAUCUAAAUGGCAACUGGGUUCCACCAUUCAGAUUAGAUAGAGGGUACUUCAGCUCAUGUAACUUGGGUCCUCAAUUCCCGACGUGGCUGAGAUGGCAAGCUGGCAUAACUCAGCUUGAUAUUUCCAACGCAAGCAUAAGUGAUGUCUUGCCUGACUGGUUCUGGACUGUUUCUUCUCAUGCUUCAGUGUUGUACUUGUCAAGGAAUCAACUGAGUGGGGCCUUUCCAGCACAGUUGGAUCUACCGUCGGUUGAUGUAAUGGAUCUCUCAAAAAAUUCCCUGUCAGGGAAGCUCCCAGCAAAUCUCACAGCUCCGCUACUCAGUCAGUUGCAUCUUUCGAGCAAUGAUAUCGAAGGUACCAUCCCAUCAUAUGUGUGUCAAUUGAAUGGUUUGUUGGAACUGGAUCUGUCCAGCAAUCAACUCACAGGAGAUCUUCCAAGAUGCCGAGAAAAUAUUACAUGGAGAUCCAUUGGUCCCGAUGUCACAUAUUGUGUUCAAUUCGGUUGUUCCUUGUCGAUUCUAGACUUGAAGAAUAACAAGUUGUCAGGCAAAUUCCCAGACUUCCUCCAAAAUGCCUCAUGGUUAACUUUUCUUGACCUUUCGCGCAAUGUAUUCGCUGGUAGUUUGCCAACAUGGAUAGAUGAGAAAAUGCCAAGCCUAGAAGUGCUGGUUCUACGAUCAAACAUGUUCUCUGGUCACCUUCCUAGGCAGUUUACAAAUCUGUCCAGUCUUCAUUACUUGGAUGUGGCGCAUAACAACAUAUCAGGGAAGAUACCUUCCUCUCUUGGGAGACUGAAAGCUAUGACAGGUGAAUCCGAAGGAAGCAAAAAAUAAUUACAGCGACGACAGCAUAAUGACUGUCACGAAAGACCAGGAGCGUCAAUACACCCUUGAUUUCACAAACCCCAUUGUGCUGAUUGACCUGUCAUGUAACAUUAUAACUGGACAUAUUCCGGAGGAACUAUCUUUGCUUGGGCGACUUCAGACGCUGAAUCUCUCUGGCAACCAGCUAGAUGGAACAAUCGUGGACGGUAUCGGUGCCUUAAGGAAAUUAGAAUCUCUUGACCUAUCCUACAACAGUUUGGCUGGUGAAAUCCCGUCAGGUUUAUCUGACCUCACAUUUCUGAGCUGGCUAAACUUGUCCUACAAUGGUCUAUCAGGAAGAAUCCCCUCGGGGAGGCAGCUACAGACACUCAAUGAUCCAUAUAUAUACGUUGGUAACCAUGGGCUUUGUGGGCUUCCUCUCCCCAACAAUUGUUCAAAUGGAGCAAACCCAAGUGCCCAUGAAGAACAUGAAGGUGCACCUAAGGAUACAACAUAUUUGUUCCUUGGCAUAAGCAUGGGGUAUGUAGUGGGCCUGUGGACAGUGUUUUGCAUCCUUCUGUUCAGCAGAACUUGGAGGGCUGCGUGGUUUCGGCUUUUCAAUCAGUUGUGUGACAAGAGCUAUGUGCAAGUGGCCGUUGCUAAGGCCGCCAUGGCAAGGUGCUUCAGAGACGAGGCAUUGUGAAGGUUUUCUUGCACCGCACAACCCUUGGAUAUAUGGUCUUACAACCGGGUUGGAUGGCGGUCCAAUAAUAGGAUAGGUGUCUAGUCAUCUUACCCUAUUUUCGUCGGUUGUGGCAAGUUUCUUUUAAGCAUGUCGUCGGAUUGUUUGAGACCUUGUUUUGAACCUGAAACUUUAUGCAAUCAAAUGGCUGUGUGCAUCAUGUGAUGCAGAGGCCAGGGGUCUUCCUCCUUUUCGAAGAAAAAGUGUUAUGUUGUGUGUAGUAAUAAUAUGGUACAGAGAGAACAUGUUUAAUGCGUCUGUAUCUUCAGUGUGGCUUAUUUGAUGGUCAAUUACUGUUAGGAUAAUUGUUAAAAGCUCAAGUUGUGUAGCUGGAAGGAGUGUUUCAUGUAACCAAGUCUAAACAUUUGCUAUGUCUUAGGAACUACGUCUAGUUUUGUGUGUGGUGUUUUUCUGGUACCAAGGAACUGCCACAACACUCUGCUGGUUUUCAACAGUGGUUGAGUGUAUGAAGAAGUAAGCGACUUUUAAGUAGUGUGUGGUUUCUGUUAGUUUUGCCUGUCUGGAUCUGUUUUUUCUCGUGUCCGAUUUCUGUGCAAAACAAAUGAUCAUUCACCAGCUUUUUGCACA